AUGGUGAAAGCACAGGACGACCGCAAAGAAGCCUCGAGUACGCCACUACCGUCGACGCCAGAACAGACCCCAGCUCAAGGCCCGAAUUUGACUGUCGAGCCAAUCAACAUCAAUGACACGAUUCACUCAGCCCGUAGUGUGGGCACUACUGCAUCCUCGCGCAGUUGGUUUGGUCUGUGGAGUAAUGCUCAGAACCAGCAACAGGAAGAACAGCAGGCACCAACCACACCUUCGAAAGAUGCGUCACCCGACCGCCUAUCCACCACCGAAGAGCCCGCAAAGGUCACCGAGACACCCACAAAAGAGCCAGCAGCGCCAGAGAUCAAACAAGGGGAAGAAACACCACAGAACAAGUCGUCUGGAUGGGCCUUCUGGUCGCGCGCCCAAGGGAAAGAUGAGAGCGGAACUCCAAAUGGUACACAACGUCAGGUUGGAGAGCUCGCAGUGGCAGACACUCCCUCGCAGUCACACCCUGAAGCUGCACAAUUCAAUGAACAGCGCCAGCAAAAGACAAAGUCGACCAAGCUCGCCUUGUCUGCAAACAACAAUAGCACCACAUCCUUGUCAUCGCCGAGUCAGCCACAGCUUGCUCUAAAAGAUGCCGCCAAAGCCCCUGACACUACUAAGAGUAUCGCCGACGCCAAAGCUGCUAAACCUCAAGCUCAUCCCAAUCUCGUCAUUCCCAGCUUUGGUGAAAGCUACUCUCCUGCAUAUGUCCCUUCCUACCGCGAGCGCCUCACCACCUAUGUCGCCUCUACUCUUCGCCUGAUUGAUGCUCCGACUGCCCCUAAGCAUGUCUCGAUCACUCCUACCCCACCCAAGAUCAAGAAUGCCAUCGCUAUCGGUGUACAUGGUUACUUUCCUGCUCCAUUGAUACAGAAGGUCCUCGGUCAACCCACAGGAACUUCGAUUCGCUUCGCCAACUACGCUUCGACUGCAAUCCGCGAUUGGGUAGAGGCUAACCAGCCCGAGACCCCUUGCGACAUCGAGACAGUCGCUCUGGAAGGUGAAGGCUUCAUUGCCGACCGCGUAGCGACUCUCUGGAAAUUGAUGCUCAAUUGGCUCUCCCACCUCCGUCAAGCAGAUCUCAUUCUCGUCGCCUGUCACAGUCAGGGUGUGCCUGUGGCUAUUAUGCUAGUUCACAAACUCCUUCAACUCGGCUGCCUCUCUCCACAUGCCAAGAUCGGUAUUUGUGCUAUGGCAGGUGUCAACCUAGGGCCUUUCGCAGACUAUAAAAGCAGAUGGCUAGGAGCAGGUGCCGCCGCCGAGCUGUUCGAGUUUAGCAGGCAAGACAGCCGUGUCAGCACGGAAUAUAAAGCCGCUCUUGACGGUGUACUUCGUCACGGCGUACGCAUAACCUAUUGCGGUAGUAUUGACGAUCAACUCGUUUCUCUUGAAUCAUCGACCUUCACAACACUCACACACCCAUACGUCUAUCGUGCCGUCUUCGUCGAUGGUCGCCUCCACGCCCCAAGUUUCCUAACCCAUCUCGUCGCUUUCGCCUUGAAGUUGCGCAAUCUAGGCGUCUCGGACCACGGCCUCAUCCGCGAAUUAUCCCUCCCUCUCGCCGGCUCCCUCUACGGCGGCGAAGGCCACUCACGCAUCUACGACGACCCCGCCGUCUACACCCUCGCCCUCCGCUUCUGUCUCGAAACCACCGAUCUCGCCACUCCCGCUUCCGUUUCCUCUGACGCCGCAUCCCGCCGCUCUUCCCGCGGCGGACCCCCCGAAUCGGUUUCUGCGGCGAACUCGUUGCGCAGGGGCAGUGUGUCCGCUUCUGCGAUUCCCGGUAUCCCUCCUGUUUUUGCGCCGUUUGAAAUUCCGGCGUCUGGGGCGAAUGCGAAUCCGUAUUUCUUGCCUUGGGCGCUGAGAGGAAUUCUUGAGGAGGAGGUUGUCAGGAGGGAUAUGGGUGGGGAGGUACAGGAGUUGGUUGGUGCGUUUGAAGAGUGGAGGCCUACCAGUAAGGUAUUGAAGGAUGUUAGGUUUAGACUCGAGGGUGUGAGAAGUAAGCUUUGA